UGCAGCCGUUGGAUCUCACAUCAGCGCACUCAGUGUAGUAAACCUGAUUAGCAACUACGCAGCAGUAAACGUCCACAUCCAGAAGGAAGAAAAGUCCUUACAGGCCUUCCAUACUUGGAAAUUUGGAAUCAUGAAAACCACAUCGCCCGUACAAACACACUCCUUCCAUAAUUCCAUUGCAGUCUCACACGCACUAUUCUUGCUCCCCAAGCCUCUUCUUUUCUCUGUCCCGUAUUUAUAGCACACAAAACCCAUCCCACACAGACUCUGUGUUUCCUUGUUCAUAGGUUUCAUUCUCCUAUAGAGCUUAAUUUGUGUCUGUGAGACUACACCCAAAUGAAUUUUCUACAGUCUAGCCCAAUGUGUUUCAUCUCCACCUUCCUCUCCUUGUCUGCCACAGUCUCUGCCAUGUUCAUGCUCCUCCGUACAAUCUUCAACGACUUUGUCCCUCGAGAAGCCAGAGAAUACAUAGCUUCUUUGUUCUCUGACUACCUCUUCUCCGAUUUCACUUUCGUGAUCGAGGAUCGGUGGCUGGCCGUCGACAACGAGACCUUCCGCGCCGUCGAGCGUUACCUUCCGACCAGAGUUGGCCCAACCACACAGAGCCUCCUACUGGGCAGCUGCGACACCUCCAACGCUUCCGCACCACCCAAAUCCGGCAUCCCAGUCGGCGGUAAAAUUGUCGAUCACUUUGAGGGCAUGCGAUUAGUUUGGACUCUUCGCUGCAAGGAAAGCAAAAAGUACUACUGUCGCGACAAAAAGUACCAUUGCUUGACUUGCAAGAAACAAUACAGAGAGCGAGUCAUGAAAACCUACUUCCCUCACGUGACUCGCACCGCCGAGUCGAUCCUCCACCACCGCGAGACUCUCAACAUUUACACAUUCAACAAGGAGGAGGCGAUGUGGGAAUCCACAGUGUUCAAGCACCCAUCGACGUUUACCACUUUGGCCAUGGACCCUGCUUUGAAGCGGUCCAUAAAGGACGAUCUGGACCAGUUCGUGAAACGCAAGGACUUCUUCGAGAGUGCUGGCCGGGCCUGGAAAUGUGGGUACCUUCUUUAUGGGCCACCCGGGACCGGAAAGUCAUCGCUAGUGGCCGCCAUUGCCAAUUAUUUGAGAUACAAUAUAUAUGACCUCCAGGUUCAGAGUGUGAGAAGUGAUGCUGAGCUUAGGCGUAUACUCACAGCCACCACAAACAGGUCUAUUUUGCUUAUUGAAGACAUUGAUUGCAGUGGUCAGGUGGCCCAUGAUCGAGCCAAUGAUCUGAAGCCUGUGAAAAGUCCUGGCAAGAAACCUAAUGAGUUCUCUCUGGAUCCUGGGGUUACAUUAUCGGGUUUACUGAAUUUCAUUGAUGGGUUAUGGUCAAGUUGUGGAGACCAAAGGAUCAUCAUCUUUACCACUAACUACAAAGAGAAGCUGGACCCUGCAUUGUUGAGGCCAGGAAGGAUGGAUUUUCAUAUCUACAUGGGUUAUUGCACUGCUGCAGGUUUGAGAAAGCUUGCUUCCACAUACUUGGGGGUCGAAGAUCAUGUCCUCCUCGGACAAAUUGAAGAUCUCAUUCAAAGGAUACUAGUUACCCCAGCAGAAGUGGCAGAGCAGCUCAUGAAGUACAGUAACCCUGAAGUUUCCUUAGAAAAUCUCAUUGAAUUCCUGAACUUGAAGGAGAAAGAAAUUAAGGAAAAUCUGGCUGAGGAGAAGAAAAAAGAGGAGGCUGAGAAGACUGAGAAGGAAGAAAAGGAAGACCAGGAACUAAAUGGGAAGCAAGCUGAUAAAGGAUGAGCUGAGAUGAAUCUACCCGUCUUUGCAGAGUUGACUUGGAGUAGAGAAGUAAUAUUACUUAGAUUUACCUUCUAUAUGGUAUCAGUCCAUCAUUAUGGGGGUUUGCUUAUGUUGUGUGCAUUGUUUCUGGGCUAAUACAACCUUGUUAGAAUCAAUAUCGUAUGUACGUAUUAGGAUCGGCCAUAGAAGAGCUAUGAAUAAGUUACCAUUAUUACCUUUGAAAGGAUGACAAUUGAAAACCUUGGAUGGUAGUUAAUGAAGGAGGAAGUAAAACCUUUGCAGAUGCCAAACAUUGAAUCAAUUCUUCUACUUGAUGUCUCAACUUGAAAACUUCUCUAGCUACUUCAUUUGUAACC